CACACCUACUUGUGUCUUUGUGUGUGCAUAUCUUAACACAGAAUUUCCAUCUUUUGGUCUCUUUUAGUGUGACUGAACACAAGUGUGUCUUCCUUCUCCAUUCUCACACACAGUAAUAAUAACAAAAGCAAUAAACAGGAUGGCCUUUCAACAGCAGCCCAAGCCCUUUGUCAUGACACACACCGCCAACCAAUGGAGUUCUGGAAUCUGUGACUGCUGCGACGAUAUGAAAAGCUGUUGCUUUGCAUUCUGGUGCUUUCCCUGUUUUGCUUGUGUGACGGCUCGGAAUUAUGGCGAGUGUUUGUGUUUGCCUCUGCUCGAUGGAUCUGGUUUCAUUCCUCCAAUAACAUUGUCCAUGAGGGUAUCAGCACGCAAUCGCUACGGAAUCCAGGGAACUAUAUGUAAUGACUUAAUUCAUUCCAUCUUCUGUGGUCCCUGCGUCUGGUGUCAGAUGGCACGAGAAAUGGACACCCGUGAACAAACUGUCACACUUGCCAGCCGACAAGCAAGAUAAAGUUAAAGAUGAACAACUUCCUAAUUUUUCCUCAUUACUUUGUAGUAUUCACAUUAAAUAAUUGUCAUUCUUCUAAAUUAGAUUUGAACCUACUGUAUGUAUUUGUAUCUGUUAAUGAAAAGAACAAAUAAAGUUUGAUUAUUG